CUUGAAUGUCAGUUUGAAUUUGACUAUUGCUAUUUAUUGCCGAGCCACACGUGAUAUUAGUGUACAAUAUAUAUCAAUAUUUAAGAGAAACCAGGAUAGUUCUGACAUAAAUAGACCCCGCUUUUGUUAUUUAUGGGGAUUUAACGUCUAUUCUGGUGAAUCUGACAUCUAGUUCAGUUUGCUCUCUUCCUUAGCAAUUAUUACCCAAUUAAAAACGGAUGGGGAAGUAGCUGCGGAAGUAUAGGUGACACUGAUAAAUAAAGUUUGGUGUAAAUUCAGGCGAAAUUGUAUUAAACUUUCGCCUUUUUCUCCUGGGCUGAGGCAUCCCACCUAAAUGUCUCAAGAGGUGAAAUUCCUAUAAAAUCACACUUUCAUGGUCACCAUAUAGUCUGAUUUCCGCCUAGAUAGUCUACCCUUAUUUCCCCAAGCUCAUUUGGAUAACGCAGUGAAGUAAGUAUAAAUCACUGACGAGGGUCUGGAGAACUAUCACAGUUGAUUAUUUGUAUCCCGAUAGCCACUGACUAUAUUGUAACUUAUUUCACUGUUUGCAUACCAAAGAUAUUUAUUUAACUCAGGAUUUGCAAUUAAUUAUAAUUACGGUAGUCACUAUUUAGUUCCCUCGUCACUGGUUCAGUCAUUUCAUGGAUGUUAUCUUUCUCAGGUUGGAAUAAUGCUUUUUACUUUGUUAUCUGCUUUUCAAACCCAUAGUUCGAACAAUGAUGGGUGCCAAAAAGCAUUCCAUGGUAAUGCGUUCUUGUGAUUUCUCAGAGGACGGUUCAAAUAAAGAAAACUGUACUCAUCCAAAGCCAUUUAGUUUUGAAGAUCGUGAAUUAUCUUUAAUAAAACGCAGAAAUGAACGUAUAGUCAAAGCAGAGUUACAUGCUAAAUUGCUUGCGAAUUCAUUCAAAGCCCAACCUAUGAGGGUUGGGUCGCCUGAUCGUUUACCCCUACGCAUUGUUCAUUCCCCAGUUCAUCCAGUUCCCUUCCACUCAUUCACUGAAGAGAGAAUAGCACUUUAUAGAAGCAAAAGAGAGGCUAGUACAUCUACCGAGGAAUCCAUAGUUACAAGAGGAGGAAGAUCCAAGUCUCCAUCGAUCAUCCAUAAAACGCCAUUUAUCCCAACUUUACCAGAGCGUCCUCCAAUAGUUGCUAUCUCCCCCAAAUUAGCCACCGUAAACCGCGCGGUAUCUAGGUCAAAGUAUGACUGUGAAGCCCAACAAAGAAGAGAUAUCCUCCGACAACAAAUGGAACUCAUUAAACUCAAGGAGAUGGAGGACGAGGCCAACGAGAUAAGACGGAUUCGCAAAGAAUCUGUACAUAAACCGGAACCGAUAAGACGGUAUAAAACAAUCAAACCUCUCACGCGCAAAUCCCCAACUGUACCGAAGUCCCCGAUGCUAUCAACUUUACAAAAAAGAACACAUAAACAUGAUGAUAAUUAAUUGACUCUUUA